CUCACAUCAGACACAAAAGCAGAACAACAUGGAGAUGGUGAAGAGGUGGAGGUCAGACUGGAGCUGUCCCACCACUCUGCUGUGCAUCUAUGGAUUUUUUAGCACAGUUAAGCCGCUGGAGCCUUUUCUCUUUCCAUUCCUGACAGGACCAGACAAGAAUCUAACAAGUGAACAGGUCAACAACCAGAUCUUCCCUGUGUGGACGUACUCCUACCUGUCAGUCUUGAUGCCGGUGUUCCUGCUCACUGACUGGCUGCGUUACAAGCCUGUGGUGAUCUUCCAGAGUGUGAUGCUUCUCACCACCACAGCACUGCUGAGGUGGACAGGAAGUGUCCCGGCAAUGCAAGCCAUGCAGUUCUUCUAUGGGGUGGUGACAGCCAGUGAGGUGGCCUACUUUUCCUACAUAUACAGUGUUGUGGACCUGAAGAGGUAUCGGAAGGCCACGUCUUACAGCCGAAGCAUCCAGCUCCUAGGAUACACGAUAGGCUCAGUGUUGGGUCAGCUGCUUGUCAGCUUUAACCUCAUGUCCUACAACAACAUUCUGAUUUUUACUUUGGCUCUCACCGCCUGUGCUUUCCUCACCUCCUGUUUACUGCCAAUGCCUCAGAGGAGUAUGUUCUUCCACCGAAAACACUCUGGAGAGGUCCUGCCAGCGGGAGGAGUGAAGGCACCUGUAGAGGAAGCAAGCAAUGGAUCCCUGGAUGAAAUGAGGGAUGAAAAGGUUGUGCACACAGAAGCUAAGACGUGUGCAGAAAAAGAGGACAAAGAGGAGUCUGCCAGUGCAGAGAGCUGCAACCAGGUCAUCCUCCAGCUGUGGACAGACUUCAGACAGUGUUAUUCCUCCAGACAGCUGCUCUACUGGUCCCUGUGGUGGGCGAUGGCCACGUGUGGAUACAACCAAACUGUCAACUAUGUGCAGGCGCUGUGGGAGCACAAGGAACCUUCCCAGAACUUUAGCAUUUACAACGGGGGCGUGGAAGCAACAUCCAACCUGUUGAGUGCAGCAACGGCCUAUGGUAUAGGCUUCACUGAAGUGAGGUGGGAGCAGUGGGGGGAGCUGGCCUUGGGUGGUUUUUCUGGACUUGGUGCAGCUGCGUUGUUUCUCAUGACUUUCACCAGCAACAUCUGGGUCUGCUACGGCAGUUACGUCAUGUUCAAGUGUUUGUACAUGCUGCUGAUAACAAUCGCUAUGUAUCAGAUUGCAGCAGACCUGUCAAUGGAACGCUACGCUCUGGUUUUUGGGGCAAAUAACUUUGGAGCGCUGGCUCUUCAGACAAUUAUCACGUCUGUUGUUGUCGACAGCAGCGGGCUGGGCCUCCCCAUUGUUCCUCAGUUCAUCAUAUACUCCAGCUACUUCUCAGUCAUCUCAGUGGUUUUUUCACUUCGGGGACUAUUUAACUGCUGGCGAAGGCAGAGAAACAAAAAAGAAGAAACUUUUGCAGAUACAGGGGAACCUGUGACAAUAAAAGAACACAAAUUCUGA